GCUUGCCCUUCGCUACGACUCUUCAUCUCAGCUGCAACGCAGCAUUGUCCCACGUUUUCUGGAAAAGCAACCCUGUGGCUGACAACGUUGUGGGCUGAAGCUACAAACAUCUUGCGUGAUCCAUCUUAAUCCUGCUUUUCGAACGGCGCCUUCUCCUUGGGUUUUGCAGCUGGCUUGGAAGAAGGAGGCAGUGGCUUCGCAUUCUCACGGACGCCAAGUAAUCAACCCCGUCGCGCAGUUCCACCACGGUCCUGAGCCAACUUCUCGUGCCAUCGUCUAGCGGUUCAAACUCGUGGCUCUUACUCAAACCAUGGAGGCCGAAAUCGAAGAGGCUCAGAGACAAAUCCGCAGGUCCGCUGCCAUCAUCCAGGACACAUUACAGGAUCUCACCACACUCCAACGAAUGCACAAUCGCGCACCAGAGGCCUCUCUUGCGGCGCGUGCUCCGACGGACACUUCUUCACUCGUCACUACCCCUUCUGCUAAUUCUGUGCGGAGAACUGAAGGAGCGCAGGAAGCCACUCGGUCGACGGUCAUACGCUCAAGCCCAAUGGAUCCUGGGCACGACGUUAUUGUCAUAUCUUCUGAAACUAGUACGCCCGCUCCUUCCAUAUCAUUUUCGACGCCUGCUCCCCCAACACCCUCUUCCUCAACCCCUUCCCCCGCUUCACGAGGCCCUCGUCCGCUCGACUCUACGCUCGCAGUCCUGGGCGCGGACCUACGCUCCAUGACUCAGAGUUUCCGCGAGCGGGUGAGCGAAUUUGACGAGCUCCGGCGCGCGAUAGCACAAUAUGCACAGGAGCGACACAGCCGCGCAACCGAGCGCGCACGCUCGCGUUCUCCCCCGCCGGACAUGACAUCCCUCCCACCCUCCUUGCGUUUGUACGAGCCUGAAGGCAGCCCGCCCUCGUCCACGAACGGGACCGACGCUGUACCUGCGACAGGUGCGCCGAGGAGGUUCAACGGCCGGAUACGGACCCUGCGCGGCGACUCCCAAAGCACGCUCGACCGUCGCAGUUCUCUGCUACGACAACGCACCACGAGCGAUUCGGAAACGUCUUUGGGUCUGCUCGUGGCUGCGCGCACAGCUUCUUCGAACGCUCGCAAUUCCGUCGCCGAAACUCCAACUAUCACACCUGCUACUAUAUCCGCUUCUGCGCGUUCGGUCGCCGUCCCCUCUCGUCCCGUUGCUACUCCUGCUCCCAGCACUUCUCCAAGCGCGGCAAAUGAUCGCUCCGAAGCGCGACAUAUACCCUCUAACAUCACCUCGCGCAUCACCCGGCUUGCCCAGGAGAUCCAGCAAGAAGGCGUACGCAUUACGCAGCAGGCGGAGUCGCUCAGGUCGUGGAUAAACGACCGUAAUGCGCGGCUCGAUGCGCUACGCCUUCCGAGUCCCUCCUCUACCAUCGCGACGCGCACCAUUCUCGGUCUUGAGCCUGAACGUCCGAUGACGCGAAGGGUUCCAUCUCCAAUGAUCAUUGGGACCCCGUACCUGGCGGAUCUCUCGACGCCGACGAGCGAGAACGAUCCUCCGUCUCUUCUUCCUUGGUCUCAGCCGGCCCAGAGACCAAGGCCGAGCGAGCCCGACCCGCGUCCGAGAGACCCACCGCGCGACGGGGCCCUUUCCUUACCCCGUCGCGCCCCAGAAACGGCCGUCCGCGCACGCUACCUGCGGCAGAACGUGCCGACGAGCUGGAGCGCGACUUCCCCGUCCAGCGCGAGUCCCCAUGAAGACCGCGUCAUGGCUUGGAACCCACCGUCGCGGGAGGCGCGUGAGCGGGCCACGGACGGGCCGCUGUCGCCGCCCUCCCGCACGAUCGCUCCUUCAGGGACUCAGGGCGGGGCGAGGGGCGAUGGGACGGCGACGACCCGCCCGACAGCCUUUGCGGUUGAGUUCGACGAGGAGGUGAUCGCCAGGCGUAACGACAUCGUGCCGGUACGGAACGAGCGUCUGCGUGCGCAAGCCGAGGUCGACUCGGAGGACGACGGGGAGCUCACCGAGAGCAGGAGCUACCGCGUCCGUCGGCGGUACAACGCGGACGGGGACGAGGAGGUCUUCCGCGUCGAGCUGAGGCCGGAGACGUUCCCCGGGUUCGGGGAGACGUCGGCGAACCGGCGGGCGCCCCCAAACGAGUGGGAGGACGACAGCGGGGAGGAGGACUCGUGGAUGGACGCGCUGUCGAGGCUGGACUCGAUGUCGCGGCGGAGCGCGGCGGCGCGGGAUACGCGCGACAGGUGGGAGAUGCCGCGGAUGGUGCGGACGGGGGCGCAGAUGGGGACGGUCGUCCCUCCAACGGCGCUGGGGCCGCCGACGUACCCCGUCAACAUGGCCAGGCGGAGCACGAGAGGCUGGCCACGGCUGUACGCAGACGAGGACAUCUCGGCGGACAGCGAGACGCAGUACGAGCGCGACCUAUCGGCGAUGCGUGCUCGCGCGCAGGCUCUCAUCUCUGCCAACGCCCCUGCUCGCGCGCUCGGGGGCACCACGCUCCCCCGCCCCCGCCGCCGGCAACGCGGCCGCCGUCAUUCCGUGCGCGUGCGCCUCCGGACGACGGCCGCACACUCGAACAGCGAGGCGGCCUUCGUUCGCGGCGCACUAGACGCAGCGCGGCCCUCAGGCCGUGAUCGGAACGGGAACGGAGGUGGGGCGCGCGCUGCUCGAGAUCAGGCCUCUGCAACAUCGAGUUCAAGGGCCGAGCGACCGACGUGGGGGUCGCCGGUGCCGUUCUUCCCCAGCGCGCUGCCGCUGCCGCUGGUGGAGGAGGUCGGGAGCCUGCAAGUGCGCAGCCGGGUGUUUUCGAGCGCGAAGAAGGACCUGGCGCGUAUGCCGAGGAGGCGGCUGGCUGCGCAGGUCGGACGGUGAGAUGUGAGAGAGCCGGAGGGUUUGCCCGAGAAGAUAGGACGAGUGUCAUAUUGGGUUUGAGUGGGACUGUCGGUGUCACCGGUGGCUUGUAAGACACGAACGGUUGCACGAUUUAGUAAUCAGAAUCAUGAUGGUGGAGAUGCUGAGAGCAUCUCGCAAUUGCAAGUGUGGUGGCAGGUCUUUCUGAGGCAAUUGACAGGGAUGGGUGCUUGGGAGACGAUGGACU